AUGGACGUGUUGAUCGAACAGGUCUUGAUGAAAUUGCGAGAACCAUUACACGAUAUGGAAUCUAUCUCGCAAUGGAAGAUGCAGAUGUUCACAUUUAUCGAUAGAAUUGCUGAACUUAAAGUAUCUUCUACCAACUCAGGUAGUAGUGAGAAUAUCUCUCUCGAUCCAGUCGAUUGGUCCGCAGCGCGUCACAUAGCUCAUGAGAUGCUCGAUGCAUCAUUGAACUUUAUUCAAACCAUACGAGAUCGACCUAUUUGGCGACCGGUACCAGAAGAUGUACGUACUAUUUUAGAAGAUGCACCUGUUCCUGAACGAAGUCGAUCAUUAGCGGAUGUUUGUAAUGACAUACUAACAUACGUGUUACCCUAUCCACGUGGAAAUAUACAUCCUCGUUAUUGGGGAUGGGUGAAAACUGAAGGAACGGUUGGGGGUGUACUGGCAGAUAUGAUAACAUCAACCAUUAAUCCAAAUUCUGCCGGUGGUCAGUUCUACAGUGGUUAUUAUGUGGAACGUGCUGUAAUUGACUGGAUGCGGCAAUUGUUUGGAUUUCCUAGGAUGAAGAAUGCUGGCGUGCUCACCACUGGAACGUCGAUGGCGACAAUCAUGAGUCUUGCAGCAGCUCGCCAACGAGCUAUCAAGAAUGUUAGAGAAGAUGGACUUGUUAACGGGCCACAGCUGAUGGCCUAUGCGUCGACAGAAGCACAUGGGUGUUUGGAAAAGGCACUUCAAUUAUUAGGACUAGGAUCAAAAGCAUUACAUCUCAUUUCGAUUGAUGAUGACUUUCGCAUCAAGACCGACCAACUCAAAAUAGCCAUACAGAAUGAUCGAGCUAAGGGUUUAAUUCCAUUUUGCAUCAUUGGAAAUGCAGGGACAGUAAACACGGGUGCAUUCGAUGAUCUCGUCGAGCUUUCUACGAUCGCGCGAACAGAAAACGUUUGGUUACAUGUAGAUGGAGCAUUUGGAAGUUCUGUUAUUCUUGAUCCUCAACGUCGUCAUCUAGUGGCUGGUCUUGAUCAAGCAGAUUCACUUGCAUUCGAUUUUCACAAAUGGUUUCAUUGUCCAUACGAAGCUGGUUGUAUACUCGUUCGUCAUGGUCUGGAUCUCCAAUCGACCUUCUCAAUGGAACAAUCGAUUUUAGGUAUCGUCCGAAAAGAUUCCAUAAAUGAUGCGCUUCCAUUUACUCAAUUAACUCCUGAUCUAUCCCGUUCGUGCCGCGCACUGAAAGUAUGGUUUACACUUCAGGAGCAUGGUACUCUCAAAAUCGGCAAAAAGAUUGCUGACAACUGUGAUCAGACGCAGUAUUUUCUAUCAUUACUCGAGAAAUCCAAGCACACUAUUGAUAUCAUUCGCCCUGUCACAUUAAACAUAAUCAAUUUUCGAUUCGAACCUGUUGAACUUGAUACGACCAAUCAUGAACUGAUCGACAAUCUCAAUAUUCGCCUUGCCAAUGAUGUGCAAUUCUCAGGUAUUGCUUAUCCAUCAACCAGUUGCAUUCGAAAUCGCUCCUAUAUUCGUGUGUGUAUUGUAAGCCAUCGAAGUACGCACGAAGACGUUGAUAUAUUUGUAGAAACAUUGUUGAAACUGUAUGAAAUUCGACUCGCCAAGAGUCAACAAACAAAUUGA